GCCAUGACGCCGGCGCAGGGAGGGGCGCGGGGGCGCGCGGAGGCCGCGGCGGGGACGCCCGAUGGACAUGGGCACGCAGGGCGCGGGGCGCAAGCGGCUCCCCAACCGGGAGCGCCUGACCGCCGAGGACGACGCGCUCAACCAGAUCGCGCGCGAGGCCGAGGCCCGGCUGGCGGCCAAGCGUGCGGCCCGCGCGGAAGCCCGAGAGAUCAGGAUGAAGGAGCUGGAGCGGCAGCAGAAGGAGAUCUAUCAGGUCCAGAAGAAAUAUUACGGGCUGGAUGCGAGAUGGGGUGACAUCGAGCAGUGGAUGGAAGACAGUGAGCGCUGCUCGGCCUGGUCCCGGAGACACCCCUCGGGACCCUCUGGCUCCGUCAGCCUGUCCAGCGGUGGCCUUGCUUCCCAGGCCCUGCCAACCCAGAACGGAAGCUGGGGGACGCCGUGGGGGGAGAGCAGCGUCCUGGACGGGCCCCGGCGGGCCAGCGUCUGCGUGCCCCUCGCUCCCUCGGAGCAUGGCCUCAACUCCAGCUCCCGCGCCUCCUCCAGGGCCAGCUCUGCAAGGGCCAGCCCCGUGGUGGAAGAGCGCCCAGAGAAGGAGUUUGCCGAGAAGGCGUCUCGGAACCUGCCUGGCCUGUCCGCUGCCACACUGGCCUCCCUGGGCGGGGGCGCAUCCCGGCGGAACAGCGGCGACACCUGCACCUCCGUGGACACCGAGGCGUCCGUCCGGGAGAUGCGGGAGCUCAGUGAGUUGCAGGAGCAGAUUCAAGAUGUGGAAGGCAAAUACAUGCAGGGGCUAAGAGAGAUGAAGGACUCGCUGCUAGAAGCUGAGGAGAAGUACAAGAAGGCCAUGGUUUCCAACGCCCAGCUUGACAACGAGAAGACCAACUUCAUGUACCAGGUUGACACCCUCAAAGACAUGCUCCUGGAACUGGAGGAGCAGCUGGCGGAGUCUCAGCGGCAGUGUGAGGAGAAGAGCAAGGAGCUCGAGCGCGAGAAACACGCGCACAGCGUGCUGCAGUUCCAGUUCGCCGAGGUCAAGGAGGCGCUGAAGCAGCGCGAGGAGAUGCUGGAGGAGAUCCGGCAGCUGCAGCACAAGCAGGCGGGCCUGGUCAGGGAGAUCUCUGACCUGCAGGAGACCAUAGAGUGGAAAGACAAAAAGAUAGGGGCUUUAGAGAGGCAGAAAGAAUUCUUUGACUCCGUACGGAGUGAACGAGACGAUCUUAGAGAAGAAGUAGUCAAGCUCAAGGAGGGACUGAAGAAACAUGGAAUAAUUCUCAAUUCAGAAACAGCCACCAACGGGGAGACAUCCUGCAAGCUAGCCGACGCCGUGCACCCGAGUCUCGCCAGCGCCAGCAGAGAGGGGUUCAGCGCCCUCCCGGCCACGGGGGACGGUGCUCCAGGAAGCGCCAGUGAGGUACCAUGGACACGCGGAUCGGUGGCACAAGUGGGGCAAACAGAGAUCUCGCCGAGGACUGAGCGAGACCCACCUGCAGAGGCCCCGGGGGAAGCUGGCGCGGCCACAGAGGCGGCACAUCCCCGUGGGGAGAGUGGCCAGAGCCAGCGAGUCCCUGAAGAGCGUGCCCCUGUGCCCAAGUCCCUCCCAGAGUGCUCGGGGCAGGCCGGGGAGCCGCGGCAGAGCCCCCCAGGGGCAGAGGAGCCUGGGUGUGGGGAGCCAGCGAGCCCGCGCCCCUCGAGUCCCCUGAAGUCCAGCAGUGACCAGGUGGAUCCCGAGGGGGGGCAGCCAGCAGGUGCCACCGAGGAGCAGUCCCCAGGCAUGCAGGAGCCCACCCAGGGUGCCCAGGUGGGUGGGGGCGGCCACGAGGAAGAAGAUGAAGGAAGGGGUCAGGGGGGCGAGAAGCCCAUCCACACCAGGCCUGGGGCUCCGGUGGCAGCACCGAGCACGGGAGAGGCCAACAGCGACCCCCCAGAAACGAAAGAAACCGACAAAGAGAUGCAGGGGCCCCCAGGAGAGGCGGCGGACUCGUCCCAGAAGAAGGCCAAGAACAAGAAGAAGAAGAAUAAGAAGAAAAGAGCGCCAGCCCCCGCCGACAGCGGCCACAACGCCGAGGAGGACACAGCCUCCCAGACCUCAGACUUGGGGGCCGUGAAGGGAGAAGAACCUGUCGAAGGGGCCAAACAAAAGCCAGAGGCACAAGCUCAGGACAACGGGCCUCACACACCACCGCCGGAAGUGGCAGCCAGAGGCGGCGAGAACCCAGAACAUUCUAGAACUGAGUGGGGUGUAGAGCAGCAGCAGGAAGACGAGGCUGGGAGUGCACUAGCCACACCAGGGUCGGUUGAGGGGGUCCCAGGCACUGCCGAAGGCAGCGCCCCUCAGGAGGAAGAGGAGGGGCCUUCGGAGGAUUCACUGGGAAGCCCCCUGGGAUCACCGUCAUCCCCCCACUCCAGGGCCGGGGGGGAUACGGAACAGGCCGGUGCGGAAGACGGGGACCCGGCCCCCGCGGGAGAGCCGGAAAACUCUGAGGACGCCAGAGGCAGCAGCGCGAGGGGCAGAGGCAAGGAAGAGUGCUCACUGUCGUAAGGGGACCGCCGGCCGCCCUGCCUUCCGGCCCUACAGGUCCUUCCACCGCCUGGGCUAAGUUCUAGGGACAUUCCCGUGGGCUGCCACUGCCGUCCACCCUCACGGUUCUGCUUCGGGUAAAAACCUUUUCCCAUUUGUCUUGGGGCUGUUCCGGACCAAACCCCGGGGCCAAGCUGAGCAUUCCAGGGCGGUGAGUCCCGCGGGGACACGCCCGGCUCCCCUUCCAGAGGCGCCAUCCGGGCUGACUCAGAACCAGACACUCGGCCCCACAGGGCCCUUCAUGAAGAGGCCGUGGGUGGUCGGGAGAGAUGCCCCCCCGCCGUCAGCCGCCGGCCCCCGCCUCCCCCGCUUGUCGCAAACCAGCGCAUUCCAGGCAUUGAUGCCUGAAUCUUUGUCACAGGGGAUUCCUAUUCAUGCUGAUCUGAUAGAGAUUUUAUUUUAUUUUCUAAAAGAGACCUGUUGAAACUACAUUUUCUACUUGCAGUAUUUUGGGGGAGGGGUAUCGUUUCUAACUCUUUUUUUUCUUUUCUGUUUAUCUCACCACUAUUUGAAGGAGCAAAAAUAAGGGUCUUAGCUCAUCUGUAUUGCUCUUUGCCUGCAACAGGAAUUUUAAAGAGCUGACACAUUCCCUUUGGGCAUAAGCAUUUUCAUUUGUUUUUUUUCUUGGCAUAUUCUUAUUGGAAAACUCUUGUCUUGAGCUGUCUGAAUGAAAUAUAUUUUUUUCUAUAUAAAGAAGCAUUUAAAAAUAAUUAUGGACAAAUAAAAAUUGUAAAGUAUUAAAUCACAAGGGACUGUAUGCUGUUCGGUAUGAAUGCUGUUGUCACUUUAUAAAUCCGUGUAAAGUUGCUGUUACACCGGUGCCUGUGUACGGUCUGGGGUACACCCUCGUGCCCCAUGUCACUGAAAUAAAACCUUCUGAGCAGUAGACGUCUGUGAGCCCCGUCUCUGAGCUGUCUUGGCCCUGAGGCCGCCGUAUCUGGGCUGGGGUGCUGGGAAGUCGUCAGAGUUCUCUCAGGGGGGACGUUGACAAGCCUCUCCCUCCAAUCUCUCCUGGGAGCUGCAGUCCUGACAAGGGGCCCCAAGAAGGACAUGGAUCUGAGGGGCCCGGGAGAAGUCUCCCCAGUACUGUCCUGUCCGCCGUGGAGGGUGUGAGGAGGACGGGGCCUGAGGCCUGCCCAUGGCGGUAUCGCUGUGGAGAGCUCCCGUCUCCCAGACGCCCCCUGGCCUUUGGCACCCACCUGCAUGGCUCUGUGCCCAAGGCCGUGCCCAGGCCACUAGCAAAGUGGACGGCGAGAAAAGGAAGUGAGGGAAGAGGAUGGCGACACCGUUACUUCCCAGUCUGACAGCCCUCAUGGCGACCAUCCUCUGCUCCUAGGAACAGUGUCCUCGUGGCCAGCAUGCUAACUGAUGGCCACAGAGAGGGUUCUGAAGUCAUGAGCCAGUGACCUUGCAGGUGCGCAGUUGAGGGGGACAUGAAGGUUCCCAGGCAAUUGGGGAAAUGUGUCAGUGUCCAGGCGUGAGAGCUGGAAGGAUGACCUGUCCACUCUCCCCAGAGGAACCCAGACGGCCAAGGCCUUACCCGAAUGUAGAGCAGAGGAAAAUAGCGACCACCGAUGCCUUAGAUCAGAAAACUGGGGCAGUUCAGCACUGA